UUCACCCAUUUCCAGGUUUCUCUCUCCGUAGUCCAUUUCCAGAGGUCAAACAACAAACAAUUGCUCCUAGUUUUUCCUUGCCGAUUGGCGAAUUGGCAGGAAAGCAUUGAGCCAACUAAUCAACACAGAAACACUCAGAAGAAAAAAGAAAAAAGAAAUACAAGCAAAUAGCAUUCUGAUUUAGACACAUAGAAAUAAAGGGAGGAGAAAAUGGUGGAAGGGACCUCCAACGAUGACUUAUUGAGGACGCCGGAAGCCAUUAGAUCCUCCGAGGAGCAAUAUGUGACUGCGGUUACGGACAAUUACGAGACAACUUGCUGGGGAUGUGGACUGCGCCUACUACUUCCAUCUUGUACAUCUGUUUUCAAAUGUGCCUGGUGUGGGGCCAUAACAAAUCAAAACAAACAAAAACAUGAAAACAAGUGCUUUAAAUGGAGACGACUUCGUGAUCGAUGUGUUGUUCCUAUUGUCAUCUUGUUUAUGCUCUUUGUGAUAUUUGGAGGAGUGUGGGCAGUUUAUCCCUUUCUCCUUACAUUCAGUCUUUCUGGGAUUACUCACUGCAUUAUAACAGCAAUCUUGUCCAUAUCCACGAUUUCCUUUUUCAGCCUGGCGGCAUUUAAGUGUGCAGGCACACCCCCAAAUAUAUUGUGGGGAAGCUACCCUACUGUUGGGAAAGGGGACCUUGAAAACUACACUUUCUGUCACUACUGCUCAAAACCAAAGGCACCUGGAACUCAUCAUUGCCGUUCUUGUGAAAAGUGUAUUCUGGACAUGGAUCAUCACUGUCCCUUUAUUGGGAACUGUGUUGGCGCAGCUAAUCACCGUGACUUCAUUGCCUUCCUUAUUUCGGCUGUGGUCAGUACCCUAUAUGUUUCAAUCAUGUCUGCAUAUGCAAGCUUUCUCAUAUGGCCAUCUGUGAAAUACUCCUCCCUUGGGGGCCUCAAAGGGAUUACUAGAAGAGAUAUGGUUUGGAGAGCCAUGAAUGAAAUUAUUUCUGCUCUCCUCAGAUCUGUUCUGCUUCUACCCACAAGGGGACUUGUUCUUGUCUAUCUGUUUUUUUCGAGCUUUUCCGUGCAAAUAGGACUGAGUGUUCUUCUGUGGCAGCAACUUUCUUACGUAUAUGAGGGGAAAACUUAUUUGAGCCACCUCAGUUCACAGGCAGAUAAAUCGGAAGGGAAGAAAGAUUGUCAAAAUUUUGUUAGAUUCUUUGGUUUCCCCUAUUAUAUAGCAAGAUUUUUGCCAAACUUUCGUAUGGGUAGGAAAAAGCACACAAAGUGAAACUGGCACAAUUAUGUAAUUUUAUAAAAGGCUGGUUGUCAUUCUUGUGAGAGUGCAUUUCACAGUAUUCUAUUUUUUGUUUAUAAAUCUAUGUCAGAUUGCCACUGUAUGAUUGAAA